AUGAAGUCUUUCCUGAAGGAGCAUGCCCGCAACGCACUGCUGUUUGCCCUCCUGCUGUUGCUCUGCGUCCGUAUCCUGGACUCGCUACGAACGCAGAGGAAAAAUCGAGCUCUGGCCCACAGUCGCAACUGCGUGCCGCCGCCAGAGUACGCAACGCGGUACUAUGGAGUCUCGUCGUUCCUCGCGGCUGUCCAGGCGGCCAAAUCCCAUCGAUUGCUGGAGGUGAAUCGAGCACGCUUCCUGGAAAUCGGCGCAAAGACGUACACCAUGUUGAAUCUCGGACAGCGCAUGACUUAUACCAUGAGUCCCGAUAACCUAAAGGCAAUCCUGGCUACCGACUUCCAGUCCUGGGGUAUCGGUGGGCGACGCAAAGAUUCAUGGGGUCGAGCAUUGGGGAGCGGGGUAUUCACGACUGACGGCGUGGCUUGGAAACACUCUCGCUCCCUAUUGAAGCCCAGCUUCAGCAAGAAGGAUAUUGGUAAUUUGCCAAUGUUCGAGCAACACGUCGCAAGUCUCAUCUCCGUCAUCAAGCAGGCAGGCCCGGGUGCGACACUCGACUUGGGCAACCUCUUUUCUCGGAUGACGACCGAUUUCGCGACAGAGUAUCUCUUAGGCGAGCCCACACAGUCGCUAUUGAAAGGGUCGGACGACCACUUCCUCAAAGCCUUCGAUGCCUGUGUUGAGCAUAUCGGGUAUGUGUCGCGCGUUGGCAAGCUUGCAGAGCUCUUCGAUAUCCGUCACUUCCGACGCCAGAGGAAAUUUGUCAACGAUUACAUCGAUUCGUAUAUCGAACAGAAGCUGGUCGCGCGACUGGAGAAGCCGGAUAAGAGCUCACUCGUGGGCAAAGAGGAGCGCCACACGUUCCUUGACGAGCUGUUGCAGCAGACGACCGACAGGAUCGUCAUUCGAUCGGAGCUGCUGAACAUCUUGGUCGCCGGACGAGACACGACGGCAGGCUUGCUAACAAAUACGUUCCACAUCCUCUCGCGACGACCUGAAGUGGUGGCGCGCUUGCGAGAGGAGAUCGACGCUGUCGUGCCGAGAGGGAGCAAGCCGGACAUCGACUCAUUGAAGAGGCUGCAGUACCUUUCCGCAAUCCUUAAUGAAUCCCUUCGGGUGUUUCCAGUUGUGCCGUUCAACAGCCGAGAAUCUCUGGUGCCUACUGUACUGCCUCGAGGUGGCGGAAGCGAUGGCAGUGCUCCCAUGUUCAUCCCUGCGGGUCACACCGUCAUUUGGUCGAGCUAUGCGAUGCAACGAGAUCCCGAUGUUUAUGGUGCGGACGCCGAGGUCUUCAACCCCGAUCGCUGGAUCGAUUCCGGCCCAGAGAGUAGCGAGCGCAUUCGAACGAUUCGGUCUUCUUUCAGCUACACGCCAUUCGGAGGAGGUCCGAGAUUAUGUCUUGGGCAGGAACUCGUGAUGACUGAGGUGAAGUAUAUCAUGACCCGUCUGUUCCAAGAGUUUCGGUCGGUUGAGUCGAGAGACGAUCGGCCAUGGACGGAGAAGUUUGGCGUGACGUGUGUCAACAGAUACGGUGCGGAUUGUGCCUUUCGCUGGUGA